CACUAUGCGCGGCGGUGCAGCCAAUAGGAAAGCGCGUUAUACGAGCUCCUCGCGCCGUAUUUCCGGGGCUGCUUGAGGAAUGUAAACUAUUCAACAUGGAGACAGCAGUUGAUAAGCUGGAGGCGAUGUUCCAGAAGGCCGAGGCGGAUAUCGAGUACGUGGAGAAGCGUCUGAAGUUUGAUUUCAUGACGAGCUCUAAGGAGAACGGCACUGCUGAGGGGAACCCCGUUCAGCUCCUGGAGAGUCUGGCGGCCGUUAAGGCUCGUCAUGCUGUUCUGUGUGUACAGAUGGAGGAGAUCGCCGCUGAGCAGAAACGUUCGAUGGAUUCGAUCAGAUCUCAUCUGAACACCACGGUGAAGCUGGUGGAGGAGCUGCAGAACACAACAGACACCCAGGCUCCUCCACUCACACAAGAAGAACAGGAAGCAAGAGAUUCCCUUUGUUCCUCAGUCACUGCUCUGUCUAUACAGGUGCCGUCUGAAGUGCACACAGAGCAGGAGAAUAACUCGCAGGAAAAGUGCAGAGACCAAGUGAAAGACGCGGAGUUCGAAUCUGUUCCCCGGAGUGUACGUGGAAAUGUAAAACUUGGUGACCUCAACACCCUGUACACACAACUGACUGAACACUUCUCAUCAGAUAACAGAGCACCUCUGAGUUUGCAGAAGAUGAGGAAAUUGAACAUGAGAGUGAGCGAAGCUGCUAUCAAAACGCUGCAGUACCUCGGUCUUGUUGAGCUCGAUAAGAAAGGCUCCAUCUUUCUCUCCUUGUCACACUGAGAAUAAAACCAACAGUCUAAACAGACUCCACACUCGGAGCUAAUCCAGUCAUGUCUCCUCUACCUGUCACACUCAUGCAUGUAGACAGCGGUGUUGAGUGCACACAUUCACAUUAACACUCUCCUCUGAAUUAUAUUAAUUGCUUCAUUUCUACAAGCCUCAAUAUUUAGGCGUUCAUAUUAGCUGCGUUGUAACAUUUCAGGUGCACAGUGUUUCUCACAGGCGAGUGUACUGAGAGAGAGACGACAUACAAGCACAUCAUUCUGUUCACCAUUUCACCAGGUCAAUAAUAAACCAGGUGAAAACAGAGGUAAAUUAUUUCUAAAUACACCACCAUCAGAUUACGGCAAAGCUAAAUCCCCAAAUCGCACAAUUUUUAUUCAAAAGUGUGGAAAAUUAAUGUUUUUGUUACUGAAUGUUUGUAUGUUAUAUUUCUGUGUGUGAAAUGUGUUAAAGUCUGAUUGAACCACAAAUCCAUGUUUUUAAUAAAUGACUAAUAAACAUUUAUUCCACAUGUUUCUGAAGAAACACAAACAACAUAUUACAAAACACAAUAAACAUGAGGAAAUGACAUCAUGUAAACACUUUCUUAUAAUAAACCUCAAUGAAAUUCUUAAACCCUACACUAAGGAAUUAAAGCUUUAUUAGCACCGUGUUUCUGCUGAGCUUCCAUUAUUAUAGAUGUGUGUGCAUUCUGAGGCUCUCACACACUGCUGUGUGUAUAAACUAUAAUAAAUACAGUAGUAAAUGUU